AAAUUCCAUUCGAACGUAGUAAUCUUGUAGGGUGGGACGGCAACAGUUGUUCUCCACCUUUCUAGAGAAACGGCAGAUCGCUAUCUCCCCGAAAGAGCAUCCAACAUUUCUACUUGAAAUUUAGAUUUAUCUUGGGAACGAAUUUCCCAAUACAUUCGCCAUUGCCAUUCUUAUUCCACGAACUAGAGCCAUGAAAGAAGAUGAUCAUAUUGUCAAGUCUCCCAGAAGAGUCCCUACACAUAUACAUCAUACUAGUGUUGACUCGUCGGAAUUUCCUUCUGAUGAAGGCAAGUCCCCCAAAAAGAUUGGUGGAGACCAAUCGCAUAACUGGCGACCAAAAUCGUUUGACUUCAUUAGUGCUUCUGGAGUAGAUGAUACAGAAGAAGAAAUAGAAGAGGCCAUAAAGCCCGCCAAGGAAGUAGAAGAUGAAGAAGUAGCAACUGCAGGUUCCAGUUUGGAAGACGCAUAUGAACCUCCGAGAAGAACGCACUGGUUUAUGACUUCCUUCCUGAUGAUGGUUUAUCUUAUUGGUGUGGGAGUAUUAUCUUUGCCUUCAGCAUUUGUUUCCAUGGGAUGGAUAGCAGGAACUCUGAUUCUUAUACUUGUAGUGUUCAUCACGACAACGACAGGAUAUUAUAUGUGGUUUCUCCAUAUGAAAUAUCCACAUAUAAGAAACUAUGCAACCAUGUUCUACAAGUUCUUUGGCAAACCAGGUCAAUAUAUCGGUGGUGCUCUUACCUACACAUACUUUUUUGGCAUUCUCACUGCGGAUCUUUUAACCAUGUCUUUGUCCUGGGAUAGUAUAUUUGCUGGUCAUCAUGUUUGUGUGGAGGUUUGGUUCAUUCUAUCUUUUUUCAUGUUUUUCAUUAUUGGUCAAGUAAGAAGUCUUCAUGAUGUAUCUUGGAUUGCUGUCAUUAGCAUGAUAUGUAUUGUGCUUCCCAUUAUAUUGACAUUGAGUCAAGUUCCCAAACUCUCCAUUGGAGCAAAUGCUUAUACCACUCUUGGAGGUUCAGGAUUUGUGGCAGGAACUGUUGGAAUGACGGAUAUUGUGUUUUCCUUUGCAGGUCAUUUGAUAUUUUAUGAGAUUAUGUCAGAAAUGAAAGAUGUCAAAGACUUUCCCAAAGCACUUUUAACUUCACAAUUGGUUGGAUAUGUAUUGUGUAUGUUUACAGCAUCUUUCGCAUAUUCUUAUUUGGGUAAUUCGAGUGUCUUACAAAGUCCGGUAACCUUAAGUUUGAAUCAUUCCGCUAUUCGAGAUGCUGCCAAUGCCUUGUUGAUCAUUCAUGUCAUUAGUCCAGGUAUUAUGGGAGGUACCGUUUUAUCGAGAGCAUUUCAAAGAUGGUUUCAAUGUUGGAGUCGAAGAACUUUUGAUGAUCGUUCGUGGACACAAAGGCUAUCCUAUUUAAUAUGGUCGGCUUCUGUAUAUGGGUUGGCUUUUAUUGUGGCCUCUUUGAUUCCCUUUUUUAAUGAAUUGAUUGGUUUGAUAGCGGCAUUGGUAUCUUCCAGCACAACCUUUGGAAUGCCAGCUAUUAUGUAUUUGAUGGAGUUUGGAAAAAAAACAAAAUGGUGGAAUUGGAUACUUGCGUUGAGUUGUGUCGUCAUAGGCUACUCCUUAUUAGGAUUGGGUAGUUAUGCUGGAAUUUAUAGUAUUAUCCAGGCAGUUCCCAAUCAUGGUCUUCCCUUUUCUUGUAGCAGAAAAAUAUGAAUCGUCAUCAAGACCUCUUUGUUGGAAUGAAUGGAUGUUUGUUUGUGUAGGAAAAGGAAGUCUCUUUUUCUCGGGGUUGCUGUGGUGGAU